UUGAUCACAGAUAGUAACCCUUAAGAAAAAUACUAAUAAUAUUGCUGACCUGUUUAAACUCACCUAGAAGUAAGUGCCAUAUAAUCCACUUCUUUUUUCCUCUUUGUUCGUUUAUACUUCUUCGAUACACAAACACAGAGAUUUAUUUUUCUUCGUGAAAUUCUUAAUCAUUCGAAACCCAGCGAAAAUGCAUAAAGAGGCGAAAAGCUCUUAUUUUGAUAUGCCAGCAUUGGAUGUUUCUGUUGCAUUUCCUCAAGCAACUCCAGCCUCCAACUUUCCUCCAUGCACUUCAGACUACUAUCAGCUUGCCGAUCUGUUGACUCCUGAGGAGCAAGCCAUCAGAAUGAAAGUGAGGGAAUGCAUGGAGAAAGAGAUUGCUCCUAUAAUGACGAAGUAUUGGGAGAAGGCAGAAUUUCCAUUUGAAAUCAUUCCAAAAUUUGGUGCUUUGCACAUAGCUGGCGGCACUAUCAAGGGAUAUGGUUGCCCAGGUCACUCAAUAACUGGAAGUGCUGUUGCUGCAGCCGAAGUUGCCAGAGUUGAUGCAAGCUGCUCUACAUUCCUUUUGGUGCAUUCAUCUUUAGCAAUGCUCACUAUUGGGCUAUGUGGGUCUGAAAUGCAAAAGGAAAAAUACUUGCCAUCAUUGGCGGAAUUUGACACUGUAGCUUGUUGGGGUCUAACUGAGCCUGACUAUGGAAGUGAUGCAAGUGGAUUGGGGACUACUGCCAGAAAGGUUGAAGGAGGUUGGAUCCUUGAAGGGCAAAAGCGUUGGAUAGGAAACAGCACUUUUGCCGACAUAUUGGUUAUUUUUGCUAGAAAUACAUCCACAAACCAGAUAAACGGUUUCAUAGUAAAGAAGGAUGCUCCAGGAUUGCAAUGUACUAAAAUAGAAAACAAAAUUGGACUACGGAUUGUUCAAAAUGGAGACAUUCUCUUAAAGAAUGUUUUUGUCCCUGACGAGGAUAGACUACCUGGGGUCAAUUCAUUCCAGGAUACAAACAAGGUGCUUGCUGUAUCGCGUGUUAUGGUUGCAUGGCAGCCUAUUGGCAUUACAAUGGGUGUUUAUGAUAUGUGUCACAGGUACUUGAAGGAGAGGAAGCAGUUUGGAGCACCAUUAGCCGCUUUCCAGAUCAACCAACAGAAAUUAGUCCAGAUGUUGAGCAACAUUCAAGCAAUGAUUCUUGUUGGUUGGCGGCUAUGCAAACUACACGAGAGUGAUAAACUGACUCAUGGUCACGCAAGUUUAGGGAAAUCAUGGAUUACGUUGAGGGCAAGAGAGACCGUUGCUCUCGGACGAGAACUACUAGGUGGCAACGGAAUCUUGGCUGACUUUCACGUCGCAAAGGCAUUUUGCGAUUUGGAGCCGAUCUAUACAUUUGAAGGUACUUACGAUAUCAACACGUUGGUAACGGGUAGAGAAAUUACUGGUUUGGCUAGUUUCAAGCCUGCACCAGUAAGGCAAAAGAGUCGCCUGUGAAAAAUUUCAUCUUCUCCUCUGGGUAGUAAGUAUUCUGCUGAAUAAUGUUCUGUUUAAGCAAUUGUAACUCUAGAAUACUUCUUGUAGAUUAAUAAAUAUCAUACUUUAAUUUAUCGAUCAACAUUUAUAUUUUUCUUUUUAA